GCUCAAAAGGUGAAAGCAGGUACAUUUUUUUGCCGAGGAUACAGACGCAGAGUGGCACUCAAACAGCAGGAUCCUGACACUGGAUUGUCUUAGGACGUCUUUCUGUUUCAUCAUAUUGUGGCCAGUGUUGUAAUCAGUGUCUCCAUGUCAUCGCCGUGCCUCAGCACUGUUCUGACUCAUGCCAACCUAACCAUGUAUCAGACUGGUUUGCCAGAUGUGCUGCAACAUCAGGCCACUAUGCUGUCCAGCAUCAGUCCGCUGCAAAUCAGCAAUCCAGCAUACAGUCCCAACAUAGGUGGUCAGGGCUACAGGCAGAUCAGCCCUAAUUACUGGACAGCAGAUCAUGUGUUGGAGUGGAUCAGUGACCAAGUAGAGAGCACCAAGUUCGACGCAAACACCCUUAGUCUGGCAAACUGUGCCAUGGAUGGCUCCGCCCUUUGCCAGAUGAACCGCGAGCAGAUGAUUGGGAUCUUUGGUGUGCAGCUUGGCCCACACCUCUAUCAGAGUCUACAGGAACACAAGACCAAAAUGCCUGAGAUGCAGAUGUUAUCAGGACAAGAACUGAACGAGACCUGUCAGCUCUUGGACAACUUCUUGGACAACCUGGGACAAAACUUUCCUCUACUCAGCACAAUUAAAAUUGGUCAAGCUGAAGAAGCUGUCAACAGAAGAGAAUUUGACUAUCAGGACGACUAUGAUCUGACCACUCUGACCAUGGGACCAAUGACUCCACUGAGAGACGCUGGCUACAUGUCUGAUAAUCACUCUGACAGCGAGUACAGCUCCUCCUCCAACACUGGCAUGUUUGGCUUUCCAAGCAUCGGGUCACCAGAGUCUGGCAGCAGCGAAUCUGACCCCGAGUUCUCUUACCCUCCGAUUUCAAAAGCGUACAUCAAGCCAGAGAAAGGAGAGUCCCGAUUGAAACGACCACGGGGGCGACCUCCUAAAGUCAGCAGAGAGCACAGCAGCAACAUGUAUGACAAUCCAAAGAAAAACAAACACGCACCUCGUGGCACUCACCUGUGGGAAUUCAUCAGAGACAUUCUGAUCCACCCAGAAAAGAACCAGGGCCUAAUGAAAUGGGAGGACCGCCGCGAGGGUGUCUUCAAGUUCCUCAAAUCUGAGGCUGUGGCUCAGAUGUGGGGCCAGAAGAAGAAAAACAGCAGCAUGACAUAUGAAAAGCUCAGCCGUGCAAUGAGGUAUUACUAUAAGAGGGAGAUUCUGGAACGAGUCGAUGGCCGGAGGCUUGUGUACAAGUUUGGAAAAAACUCCAGUGGCUGGAAGAUUGAGGAGAUUGGUAUGACUAUGUAAGACAUGAGUCACUAAGUGGGUAAGAACUGAAAAGCCAGUCAGAGCAGUAGUUCAGGAACUAUAAAUGCCUAACCAUGUUGCCUGUCUGAAAAGAUCCUCGCUGCCCCAAACGUUUAAGACACUAACUUCCUUUAGAAGGAAGGUGUUACAGAAAAUGUAAGCCAGUGUUUAUGGCUCUAGUAGGUUUUAUGAACCAAUAUGACGUUUCACAUGUUUGUAAAUUGUUUUAGAUACUUGUGAGUGCAAGUACCGACAGUAAAGGCUGAAAAAGCAAACCUCUUACAGAUGAACAGAUUUUACUCUGGUAUUUACUUGUUUUUGUUGAUGCAGGACUCUCGUCUUCAUUCGCUACUGUAGCACUAUAAACAUCUUCUUUGUCAUUUUCCCAUAUCACAGUUUUUUUUAAAAUAUUGUGUCUUAGUGUAACAUAAGUUUGGAAAAACAAAAAAACUAGAAAUAAAUGUAGGUGAAGUUACUUCACAUUAACAAAGUAAAGAUGUGCACUACAUGUCUUUUGGUAUCACUUAUUAUAAAGUGUGUUUACACCAUGUUUGAGUAAAGAGUAGUUCAUAAGUGUCUGAAUUUAAACAUGACUGGUUGGUGUGAAUCAGUCAGAAAUUUGUUGCAGUUUGUGUGAUUGUUUUCAUGUAAUCAGCUCUGGAUUUGUGAGGGGAGUAAAUCUUAUGUCAAUCAUUAUGUGAAUUAUGUGAAUUGUUUUUAUGUCUUUUUGUAUAAAUAAAUUUUGACAUGUAUCAA